AGAGGCAUGCAGCGCGAGUGCCACUUGAAUGGAUUUUUGUCAGCGAAUAACUUAGCUGCUGGUUUCUCCACACUAGCCCAACACUCGCAUUUUCUGUCGGUUUGUUCUCCUAUAUUAGUGUCCAAAUUAUACUACAUGGUAUAAGAAGCACUUAGCACCACUCGGAAAAGUCUGUUUGGCUUGACUUAACUUUUGCAAAGUGGGCGUCUCGAGAACUUUUGGAAUCUGGAUGGACUAAUAUGAAGAGCCUGAAGGCAAAGUUUAGGAAGAGCGAUGCCCAUGAAUGGAACAAGAAUGAUGAGCGUCUCCUCAGUGCAGUGGAGCAUGGGGAGGCAGACAAAGUCACCUCUCUCAUCUCAAAGAAAGGAGCCAGUCCCACCAAGCUUGACAGCGAAGGAAAGUCUGCUCUACAUGUAGCAGCUACUCGAGGUCAGUUGGAGUGUCUUGCAGUCAUCCUGGCUCAUGGGGCUGAUGUUUCUCUGCAGGAUACUUCAGGGUUUACUGCUUUACACCUUGCUGCCAAAAACAACCAUCCCGAGUGUGUCAAAAAAUUGAUACAGAGUAAGUGUGUGGUUGAUGCUGUGGACAUCUCAGGAAGGACGGCUCUUCAUCACACAUCCGCCAAUGGAAACACUGCGAUAGUUCAACUUCUGUGCGAGCACAAAUGUCAAGUCAAUCUUAAGGACUUGGAUGGCUUGACGCCCCUUCUUUUGUCAUCCAGACAUGCACACGCAGAAGUCUGCCAGAGUUUGUUGGACUGUGGUGCUGACGUCAACGCUUGUGACAAAAACGGCAGAACUGCAGUUAUGUUAGCUAGUGAAAGCAGCUGUCUGGCUGCCAUAGAGCUGCUUGUGCAGAGGGGAGCUGACCUGGGCAUGGUGGACUCGCUGGGCCAAGAUGUACUGCAUUAUGCCAAACUUUCAGGCAACAGUGAAGUCCGAACUAUUCUCAAUACAGCCCUCCACAGACAGCAGUCUGAGUCAGAUAUGAGUGCCACAAGAACCCCUAAGCAUGGCCAAAUGGCUAAGCUAAAUGAGGACAGAAGCUCCACCCCCAAAAAGAGAAAAGCACCUCCUCCUCCCAUUAGCCCAAUCCAGAUGGCUGGUAUGGUCUCACCACCUUUCUUUACUCCAUCUGAAACUCCUUUGUCAAGUAAAAGGGAUUCAUCUAAGAGAUUCAAUUUCAAGGAGGGGGAGCUAACGAGUGCUGCACUAAAGGAGGAGAUAGAAAAGCUGCACGAAGAAAAGAGCAUACUGCUUGAGACCAUUGAAGAUCUGAAGCGGAUUGUGGAGCAGACUGAGCCUAAGGCGAAGCACUGUGGAAAUGCGGCCUCAAUGCUGAUUGCAGCCUUGAAAUCAAAAAUAUCUUCUCUCUCCCUGGAAAACCAGCAGCUCUCCCAAAUAAUAAAGAAACGUCCAGCUCCCCAAGGAGAGGAAGGCCAGGGUGGAUCCCGUCCAAACAGCAUUGAAUCCAAUGCCUCAUACCACUCCACUCAUGCUGAUUUUGAGGUUUCCAGUGAUGUGCACAUCAUCACGGGUGACGAAGAGGAUCUCUCUAAGGUGUCUGCUCUCAGUGGCUCCUCACUCAAACAUGAGAUGGACAAAGAAGCCAUAAAAUUAUGUGCAGAUGAAGAAAUCGGGCUGUUACGGGAUGCACUGGAGAAUCUACAGACCAAAUUGCAAGAGUCCAGAAUGGAGAAUCACUCCCUUCAAGCCAGACUCAAUACUGACUCUACACUGCAAGAUACCCCAAAAUACCAAGAAGCUUUGCAAGAAUUGCAGGCACUCAAGGAGGUGAGGGAUGAUUUAAGUAGAGAAGAAGACAAUGUGGUACAGAAGUUUCAGUAUUUGAAGGGCUGCCUGGAGCAAGAGGUAAAAGAACUGAAGGGAAAGUUGGCCAAGUCAGAGGAGGAACAAAAGCAGGAUGCUUUUUUGAUAAGGGAUCUUCAGGCUCAGAUCCAGAGAGGUCAUCUAUCUGAGGACGAGCGUCAAGACAUGAAGAACACCUACAAUGCUUUGGUGGAGAAUAUUAACCAGGAGAAAGUGCUGUUGAUCAAUAAGUACAAGGAGUCUCAAGAGGAGAUCAAGAUGCUUCAGGAGGCGCUUCGCGGCACUGUGCCCGUUGAGGCUGCUGCCAAAGACUUUGAGGAGAUGAAGGCAGAGCUCAGUGAGAUUAUUGAGGGCCUGCAGAAGCGGCUGUUGGAGCUCUCGAAAUCAUAUAGCGAGGCCAAAAGCGAGCUUAGCACUGCCCGCAACCAGCUGCAGGCCAAAGCUUCAGAGCCCAAGGACAAGUCAGAUGUGGAGUGUGGCUCCAAGGAGGAGCACGAGCAUAAAAUUCAAGAGCUGGCUUUCAAGAUGAAGGACGUUCAGAACGUUCUAAAUGACAUGGAGGCCAAGCAUCAAGCGGCACUUAAAGAAAUCGCCCAGCUUCAACGAGAUGCUGAGAACCAUGCCCAGGCAUCUGUAGCCAUUGCAGACCACACCCAGGUGGUGGCAUCCUUGGGGAAUGCCAUCAAGAACCUGGAUGCCGAAGUUGAAGUUCUUCAACAGCAGCUUGCCCAGAAAACUUUGCAGGUGGAUGCUUUGCAAAAUAGACUGACAGUUGAGAAGGAUGUAACUCCGGAUGAUUCGUUAUCCAGACUGGAAUAUGAGCAAAUGAGGGAGACACUGGAGGGUGAGAUAAGUCACCUGAAUGACCUGCUAAAGGGUGCUCUUUUGAAGCAGGAUGAGAUGGCCCUGGAAGUGACUGCUGCAUGGCAGGAAGUGAAAGACAGCAGAAAUGAGAAAGAAGCUGCACAGGAGCUUGCUGUAUGUAGGGAACAGGAAUGCAAGGCAGUAAAUGCAAGGUACAGGGAGGCCCAGGUUGUCAUUGUUCAGUUGAAGAAGCAGGUGGAGAACCAUGUGAAAACUGAGAGAGAGAAAAAUAAAAAGAUUGAUGAGUUUUCAAAGGAGGUUAUCAAGUUGAAGGAUGCUCUGAACAGCCUUUCGCAGCUGUCAUAUACCACCAGCACCCCUAAGAGACAACAGAGCCAGCAGGUGGAUUUAUUACAACAGCAGAUCAAACAACUACAAUAUGAACUUGCUGAGUCUAAGAAACAGCACCAUGAAAUUGUUUCAGUCUACCGAAUGCAUCUUCUCUAUGCUGUGCAGGGUCAGAUGGAUGAAGACGUGCAAAAGGCUUUGAAACAGAUACUUGUAAUGUGCAAAAUGCCAACCGAGGCCAAGUGAAGAAGUUGAAACUGUAGUUGUUUAUGAACUGCCAAAAACUGUGAUCUCUAGUCAAGGAUCCAUCAGUUAACACUACGCAUUUAGUCAUUCUAACAUAUUAUGGAAAAAUAUUUUGAACUUAAAUGAUUAAUGAAAAGAGGAAACAAUCAAUCCUGCUAAAUGUGCACAAAUCUCCUUGGUCAUACAGUACCAGACAAAAAACACAAUCUACAGCACCUAUUUUUUUAAAUGUAUCCUGAAAACCAUUUCUUUUUUUUUCUUUUUUUUAAGAAAUAUGAUCAGUAUUGGAUCUUGUUACAAUGUAAUCAGAAUUAGUUUAUUAGUUUCCAUUAGAAUGCCUAUCAAUAACAAAGUAAGCACAAUAAGUAAGUAAGUAAAGUACGUUUUAGUUCUGUACUUUGGCCUGCAAGGCAGUUCAAUGGUACUCACCUAUGACAACCGUGUUUUCUUAAAUGCAGUUGGAGUGUGUAUUUUCUAAAAUUGCUACUAGUUGUAGUAUCUGCAUGCUGUGAAAACUGAAGCGGUUCAAUGUUUGUUCUAAGACAUUGUGACUUUUUUGAAUUAUCCACUAUUUCAGGGUAUGUGCUUUGAUAAAAUGCCCAUGUGCCAAAUGCACUUUCCUUAGACCAGUGGUUCCCAACCCUGUUCCUGGAGGCCCUCCAACACUGCACAUUUUGUAUAUCUCCCUUUUCUGACACACCCAAUUCAGGUCUUGGAGUCUCCACUAACCAAUGUGUGUUAAAUCCAGGAACAGGGUUGGGAACCACUGCCUUAGACUUUCUUUAAAGCCAGCAUUUACUUGCCCAUGUUAUGUCCAUGUGCCUCUGUGCAUUUCUAAGGCCCAUGGUAAUAUUUUCAAUAUAUAGCAUUUGAAGCUGCACUAUAUUUCUUUCCAUUAUGCUUUGUUGCUUGGUUAUACCAGGUUGCUGCACUGUAGUAAAAUAUGUUAUUAGUUGUACUAUAGAUUUGUAUUUUCCUGUACAUCCUAAACUUGUAGCCUUUUUUAAAUCACAGCAUGUUAAAAAAUAACUGUAGUUAGUGAUAUACUAAAAAUGAGUGUCAUACAACAGUGUGGGAUGAGUUUUACCAUAGCACUUCAGUGUAGUUGUGGUUUUGCAACAAAUAAGGCUUUGGUAUGGACGUGAUAAUGCUAUAUGGGCAGAAUAAAUUUACAUGUAUCAGGGUAAAGUAUCUACAGAAUCCCCCCACUUUAGGUGUUACCUACAUUUGGGCCACACAGAGGGUGUUUGACACUAAGCAACUAACAUACUUUUUAUGUAUUAAGAUAUGAAAUGUACAGUUGCACUUGAAAACAUGCAAUUCAUUUGUUGAGCAUAUGUUAUUUUUAACUAUGCACUAAAGACUUGCUCAUUACAUGUAAAUUGUUGUACUUUCAUGAUUUCAGGUUCAACAUUGCAUCAACAUCAGACAAUGCAUCACACAUGACUUGUGUAUGAAAUAGCACUUUAAAGUGCAGUCUUUUGUUAAAUCAGAUUUUGUUGAUCAGCUACCUUUCCAGACAACCUGCUAGUUAAAUGCUGUAGCCAUUUUUUUAAGUGCCAAUACAUUUACAAACUUCACUAAGAAAACACAAUAUUUAUAGAUCAGAUGGCAAAUAUGACUGUUGUAUGAGAUGAUAAAAUAAUUAAAACAC